AUGUCUAGUUAUCGCUGGCCACCAGUCCCUACAUCUGGACUCAAAUCACGAGAUCUAACUUCCAAUUAUUCAAAUGGAUAUCAACCAAAUAAAAGCUAUGGAAGUAGUGUUUCAAGUCCAGCAGUACAGUAUAAUUCAACGAAAUCACUGGGGACAACAUCUUAUCCAAAUUUUGGCACAAGUUAUACAUCAGAUAUUUAUGGUUCUAGAAAAAAUCGUGCAAGUUCUAUAACUGGUAAAAACGAUAUUAAUGAUUAUACAUAUGGUUCUGGACGUCAUUCAAAUAGUGGAACAGAUUAUUCAUCAAAUUUUUCAAGUUUCUCAAGUGGUCGCUAUCCCAGUGGAUCUAUAUCAUCAUCACGAGAUUCUGGUUCUGUAAAGGAUUAUAAUAAUUUGUCCAAAUCAACUGGUAAUUAUCAUCGACCAUCAGUUAGUAGUUUAUCUUCUUCAAUUGUUAAAGAAGAAGAUGAAAUAGAUGAAUCAAAUAAUAAUAGUUCAACAAAAUAUAUCGUUGUUACAAGUAGAGCUACUUCCACUGAAGAAAGUUCUCAAUACAAAAAUAAAUUAACUGGUAUAUCUACGACAAAAACAGAAAAGAUAGAAAUUAAAAUGCCUCGUCCAGUUAAUAUACAUAAUUAUACACAAACUGGUGAUGAUAUAAUUCUACCCCCGACUAAAGUUUCAUCUCCCUUACCUAAUGGAGAAAAAGUUAGUGGUCCUCGACGUAUAAACAUCGGUGGACGAUACUUAAGACAAUUAUCAGGUAAUGAAGACGAAACUCAGAGUCCUAAACCUGGUCGUGGUGGAUGGAGAGAGUCUGUUUACGGUGUUGAUUACUUAAACAUGUCACGUGCACAAACUCAACCACCAUGUUCAUCAAGCCCAGCUACUAAUAACAUUACACCUAGUGAGCAAAAACGUUUAGAACGUGAAAAAAUGCUCGAAGAAGAUUGGAAAAAACAAAUUCAACUAGAAAUCGAACGUGAAAAUCGUCGUCUACGUCAGUUAGAACGUAAAGCUAAAUGGGAAAAAGACGAGAUAAAAAAUCGUGAAUUAGAAGAAGAAAUCAAGCGUAGAAAACAAAUUGCCGCAAGUUUAGCUGAAAAAGAAGCUAAUUACAAGUCAGAUUUUCAUGCACAACAAAAUAAAGACCACCAGUCCGCACAAAAAUUGCCAAUAGCUAAAAAGUUUGAGACGAUUAUCUCUCAGGAUCCAAUACAAAAAGUUAAUAGUUGGCGUCAGCAGAAUUCUCUACAAGAGGCUGACCCCCCACAUGCUGGUGAAAUGGAUAAUUCUCAGCUAUGGGAUAUGCCACCGAAAAGCAAUAGUUCCGAUAUUGUGAAACUGCGAUCACAAAAUAGACAGCCAAGUGGAAAAUCUGAUGCGGUAAGAUAUUCUCGAGAUUCAGAGGCUACUUUACGCCAAGACACACUCACAUCUUCAGUUAACAGUGCACCAGUAUAUGAGAACGGGGUAUCAAAUAGACGUCGAAGUUCGGCAAUGUCAGCUUCUUACUUUUCAAAGCAUACAGACAUUGACGAUAUAUUAAAAGACAAUGUUUCAUCGAAGCAAGACAGGAAAACAUCUAAAGAUAUGCUGAAUGAUAUUAGUAAACGAAAAGAUUACUAUGCAGAUGGAAGUGGUGACUCUGACGAUGAUCAAUGUAAAAUUGUAUAUAAAUCAUGGAAAGCUAAAGAAGCAUUUCAAAAAAUGCCAUUUGAAUUACAAAAUUUAUUAAUGAAAAGUCAUAAACGACAAAUUACUAUACCAAUGUUAUUGAAUGUUUGUCGUAAUAAAAAUCAUGAUAGAAAAUUCACAGAUUUAGAAGAGAAAAAUUUUCGUGGUUAUCGUACGGUAGAUGAAUUACUAACUGAAUCUGGAAUCGAUGUUAAAAAACUCGAAGACAGUACACUUCAGUUGUACAAGUUCGGCCAGGCACAAUCCGAGUUCGGUUCAUACCUUGAUCUUGACUCUACAUUACAGGAGCAAUGGGAAGAUUUGGAAAUAUCUGCCGAUCAGGAGAACAGUGUUGUUCUUCGAACAAAGCUCGUUGUUCGUGUUAAAGCGAUCAUUGAAAAAUUAUUAGAUGCCAAUGGUCGAGAGUUAAAACGUUCGCUCUUUUCAUUAAAACAAAUAUUUCAGGAUGACAAAGACCUUGUACAUGAAUUUGUUACACAUUCCGGUUUAGAUUGUUUAGUGAAUGUUGGCUCUAGAUCAGAUCAAAAUAUACAAAAUUAUAUUCUUCGAGCUUUGGGGCAAAUUAUGCUCUAUGUUGAUGGAAUGGCUGGUGUCAUUGAACAUCCAAAUAUUCUACGAUGGUUAUAUUCUCUUUUAACGUCUAAGUUUCGACUUGUUAUGAAGACCGCGCUCAAACUCCAACUGUUAUUUGUUGACUAUGCUGAAAUGAAUGCAAUGAUUUUUGUCAAAUCUGUAGAAGCAUAUCAUGCAAAUACUCCUACUUCUGGUCGACCUUGGUCGUACAUAAUCAAUAUACUGAAUAAUGAAGCUAGUGAUUCGGAAUUAUUGAUCUAUGCAAUGACUUUGCUAAAUAAAACAUUAAAUUCUAUACCGGAUCAGGACACAUUUUAUGAUGUCACAGACUGUCUAGAAGAAAUGGGAAUGCAGAAAAUUGUUCAAUGUCAUUUAACAAAGAAAAACUGUGAUCCAGAACUAGCUGAACAAUUAAAUUUAUACGAAGCAAGUCUACGAUAUGAGGAUGGUGAAGAUUUCGAUGAAUUACCUUUACCGGUUAGUGGUCGUGAAAGUUUACGUCAAGGUAGACGUAUGAGUAGAGUACAGUUUAUGAAAACACCUGAAGGUGAAGCACUAUUAUCAUCUAUGCAUGCUUUACCAACUAGUCAAUCAAUGGCUAGUGAAAUGGAUGGAAUGCUUGGUCGGAAAUCAAAACGUUUUCAAUCAGUAGAAAAUUUACAAAAUAGUGGAUUAUCAAAAAGUGUUAAAAAUGCAAAUUUCCAUCCGCAUACAAAACAAACUGAACAGAAACUAGUCAAUGCUUUCCUAGCUAAAGAAGGCAAACACAAUGAAAAUUUGAGUCGAGAUGAUAAACGAAAACCUGAAAUGAAUGGUUAUAUUGAUAAUUUAACAAAAAUUCAGUUAAAUCGUCUUACAUCCAGUGAAAAUGGAGAAACAACUCAUAAACUGCCACAUUUUGAUCAGUCUUUAAUCAAUGGUCAAGUAGAUAGUCCACAUUACAAUAAUUCUGUUGAUGUUGACAACAGUGAUGCGAUGAAGACGUAUCGUAUAACACGUUCCAAAGGAAUCUCGCUGGUGUAUGAUGAAGAAUUAAGAACUAUGGAAACUGGCACGUGUGAUACUUCAAUAAGUCCCACACUCCCAUACGAAAAUGAUAGUACCUGUGAAAAUCCUGAAAAGGAGGUUGAUUUAACCCAUUUAGACGUUACAGAUACAAAUUCAACAAGUUUGUUUACACUUGAAUACAUAAACUCGACCUUUGAUAUUAUCGAACAUGAUGAAAAUUUAACACCUACCGAAUUAAACUCAAGUUCAGAUCAUCAGUACUCUAUUAAAGAUGUGGUACAUUUUACUUUUAAUGAAGAAAUCACCGUAGAAUCAGAUCGAAAGUGUACCUUAGAUACAGAGAAUGGAAUGAAUCAAAGUGUUAUGAAUGAGAUAUUACAAAAUUCACAUGAUGUAUCUGUAAAUAAUGGACAUGUAGAAGAAGUGAAUAACAAAGAAUUUAAUACUCAAAAAAUUGAAUCUAUGGAUGAUGUGAAAGGUAAAUCUAUCGUUGUACCUGAUAGUCCAAUUGCUGGAUCAUUAAAGAAUAAAAUAGAAGCACUUAGUCGUGCAUCACAAAAACAAUCUGAACAUUCUACACCGAUUAGUCCACCAUCAGUUACAUUAUCUAAUACAACUGGAACAGUGCAUUUAUUAAAAGAAAAACAUUCAUCAUUUGAAAAUGCUGAGGAGCCGGUAAAACCUCAGCUACCACGUGAACGUACUGGUAAAAUUUUGUCGGUCAAAGAUCGUUUUGAAUCAGGGAUAUCAACAAAACCACCAAGUUCUCCUGGCUCUUUAGUAUCUCCUAAAAAGGUAACUACAGAACAAACAACUACACCAGCCAGUUCAAUACUAGGAGAAUCAGAAACUAAUGUGGAAACGUUUUGGCAACGUUGUUUGGAUAAAGUUAAACGACGGCCACUUCGUCUGAAAGAUUUAGACUUUACUGAUCUUGAAGCCGAAGAACAAGAGGAUGGUAAAGAAUCACCUAGAUUGCUAGGUCCUGGACCGCCACCACCACCACCACCCUUUCGAGGUGGUCUUCCUCCUCCACCCCCACCACCUGGAGGGUCUGGCGGCCUACCUCCACCCCCUCCUCCACCUCCAACUGCUUCAGGAGGUGCUCCUCCUCCACCACCACCAGCUCCUGGUGCUAGUGAAUCUUCAAGUAUACCUUCGAACCUUCCACCAGCUCCUGGUACAGAGUUGCCUAAGUCAAAGAAAACUAUUCGUCUUCAUUGGACUGAAUGGAAACCAACUGCGAAAGAUUUAAAACUGAUCGCAUCAACUAAGUCUUCAUCAUCAUGUGAUAAACCAGAUAAAGCUACGGGUAUAGGCAGUAGAUUCACUUCUGCUUUAUUGAAUAACAAAACAAAAGAAGUGAAAAGGGACGUGAAAACUAUUGCAAAUGCUACAGUUUGGUCUGAAAUUGUUCCAGUGAAAUUAGAUCCAGAUUUUUUGGAAGAAACAUUUGAAAAUCGUUCAUCUGACAUAAAAAUAAAGAAACAAGAGGUGGCUGUCAAAAAAAUUGAAGUUCUAGAUAUGAAACGUUCAAAUGCAAUCAAUAUUGGUUUAAAAGUUUUGCCGCCACCGCGUACUAUCAGUUCUGCAAUUUUAAAAAUGGAUCAUUCAAUUAUAAAUAGAGAGGGUAUCGAGAAACUGUUAACAACAAUGCUACCAACAGAUGAAGAAUGUGAAGCUAUAAUGAAAGCAAAAGCAGAACAAGAUGGAUUACCACUUGGACAAGCUGAACAAUUUCUUGUUACAUUGUCAGCAAUAAGCCAUUUAAAGCCACGUUUAGAAUUAUGGUUAUUCAAAUUGGAUUAUGAACAGAAUGAAAAAGAAAUAGCUGAACCGUUAAAUGAUUUAAAACAGGCUGUUAUAGAACUUAUCAAUUGUAAAACUUUACGGUAUAUUCUAUCCGUUCUUUUGUCUAUUGGGAAUUUUUUAAAUGGUUCAACUGCUAGAGGGUUUACGUUGGAUUAUCUAGGUCGGUUACCUGAAGUGAAAGAUACGAAAUAUAAGAAUAGUUUGUUACAUCACGUAUGCUCUAUAGUAUUGGACCAAUUUCCUGAUAGUACAGAUUUACAUUCGGAAUUAGGAGCAUUAUGUCGUUGUCAUCGAGUUGAUUGGGAUGAGUUACCGAAACGUCUGGAGAAACUAGAAACAGAUAGUAAACGAUCUUGGGAACAUUAUCGAUUAAUAUUCAGUUCUGAAAAAGAAUCAAAUAAAAAUAUCAAGCUUUCUGACUUUCUUACCGAUGCUAUGGAACGAGUGAUUUGUUUACAGAUGGUUUAUCGUCGAAUGUCUGCCAGAUUUCGACAUACCCUGGAAUAUCUUGGUUAUAGUGCAGCUAGAGCCUCUAGUACUUCAGUUGGUUACUUUUGUCGAAUUCUAGCUGAAUUUGCUCUAGAAUACAGAACAACUCGAGAGAAAAUUAUUGAAGGACGAGAGAAAAAAGCGUUAGCACGAGAACGCAAACGAACAAGAGGAAAAUUAAUUGUAGAUGUUACUGGUUUACGAAAUACACCAAAUGAUCUAGUUCAAUCGAAAGAUGAUGCAGAACUUCGUGAUUUAUUACUUCGACCUUCGAAUGAAACUGACUCAGAUGCAUCAUCAUUUACAGCUACCAUUAGACGACGUCUUCAUACUCCUGGACCAGCUCCUAGAAGAUUAGCACCUCCAAAUCGAGGACGAAGUCCAGGUUUAUUAUGUGAAACAUCAGAUGCAUCAAUGGAAGCAUUAGAUCAAGAACAGGAUAUUCUAUUAGAUGCUUGUUUACGUGCAAGUACACCAUCUAUCAAUUCUCAUGGAGCAUCAGGACGACGUGUUCCACCAAAAGAUCGUAGAAGACCUACAGAUCGUUCAAGGUUUUCAGUCCGUCGAACUCUUAACAAGAAAAUAGCUGAAGAUGAUAUCAAAGCCAUUGAACGUGUGAUACAAGCAUCAGCAAAAACUUGAAUUAGACAAGUCUUGCUAUCCAAUAAAUUAAAAUGUCUGCAUACAUGAAUAAAUGAACAAAUCUGCAUUAUUAUUACAAAACUGUGUUGUAAUGUAUGAAUAACCAUUUUGAAGAUGUCGAUGGAUAAAACGUAUUUUCUUUCUGUAUAUAGAAACAAACCUUUAUCAACUACCUUUUGUGUGGAAUAAUAACAAUCCUCUGAAUAUUGUUGAUUAAAACGAAAUCUUCUUUUCAUUUUGAACUCCAUAAAGUUAUUCCAUCUUUGUACAUUGAUACAAAUAUACACAUGUACGUAUCGCGGAGUAUAUACGAUGUGUGCAUAUGUACCUAAACUUGUUACAGGCAUUGUAACUCUGGUAACUUACCUUUUUAGGUUAAACCGUUUGUUACUAAGCUAUCCUCAAUUGUAUAAUCAAAGAGUCUAAAAUUUAGCUCAAGCGAAUUCUAUUUCCAAUUCAAUAGCUUGGCAACAGACAGGAUACCCAAAGACAUCUCUCCAUUACAAGUCUUCUUC